UUAUAGUUUUCGAGAUAUUUGGGUUUAAAGUUCAAAAUUUCGACUAUUUAAAGUACACUUAUUUUGCAGGUGUGUCGUCAAUUAACGCAACAUUGAGUGUGGGGCGUCGAGAAGGCUAAGAAUGCGCAGUGUCUUUUGGAGCACACCACUUUGCGGAAGGUAACGGCAACACUGUUAUUUAUACGCAGAGGACUGUCAUCUCGGAAGAUCAAGAAUAUGUAAAUGGCAACUAUGAGAAUUGAAAUAUUCCAAGUUUUGGGCAUAGAGAAGGAUGCGGUUGAGAAGGAUGCUUCUGCUUUGCUGAAGUUCUACGGCUUGUACGUAAACUAUGUUAUCGUCCUUCGGCCUUGUGUGAGAUAUUUGCAAAUUGAGAUGGAAAGUUCUUAAGCCGGACUUUAAUAUCAUCAUUUUGGUUUUUAAAUUAUAAAAUUUAAGACACCUAUUAGUAUUAAGUACUAAAUUAAUUAAUUAAAAAUAUUAUUGUUUAAUUAGUUUACAUGUAUGUACCUAAUGUGCCAAUGUUAACAAUUAGUAAUUUAAUGUUACUAUCAUUGUAAACUAUAAAAGUUUAACAAUCAAUAUUAACUAUCUAUAAACCAGAUAUGAGUUUUUACCAAAAAAGUUAUGAUAAUGUUGUAUAUGUAUAAAUGGUAGCCA